AUGCAAGAUUGCAUCUUUAUCUCACAAGCAUGGUAUGCGAAAGAAAUUCUAAAGAAAUUCAAUAUGGAGGAUUGCAAGCCUGUAUGCAUCCCCGUUGAAUGCGAAACCAAGUUGUCAAAGAAUGAUGAAGGUAAAAAAGUAGACCCAACACUUUUUAAGAGUCUUGUUGAAAUUCUAAGAUACUUGAUGUGCACAAGAUCAGAUAUUUUUUUUUGGAGUUGGGCUCAUCAGUUGCUAUAUGGGGACACCUACCGUGACCCAUAUGAAAGCUGCAAAGAAGAUUCUUCACUACAUCAAAGUGAUUGGGGCGGGGAUAGUGAUGAUAGAAAGAGUAUGACUGGGUACGUGUUUUACUUGGGCGAUAUAGUUUUCACUUGGAGCUCAAAGUGGCAAUCGAUCAUAGCACUAUCUAUAGGUGAAGUUGAAUAUGUAGUACCUACAUCAAGUGAGCAGAUCGCCAACAUUAUCACUAAGCCACUCAAGCAUUAUGUGCUCCACAAGUUAAGAACUCUACUUGGAGUAGUAAAAUCAAGUUUUAGAGGGGAUGUUGAGUCGUAA